GUAUAUACGCACGAGCACCUUUGCCAUAGACAGUACUACAAUUUUCAAUCGAGCCCGACAACAAACCAAAAUUAUCCAUUUUCUCGCUCCUUCAAAAUGGCCAUGGCCAUACAAACAGUGUCGGAGAGCAAAGAGCUUCGGGGGCUCAAUCUCAUUGCAGCCCACUCUCAUAUUCGAGGCUUGGGAGUCGAUCCAGAAACUCUCGAGCCGAGAGCUUCAUCGCAGGGUCUCGUUGGGCAAGAGAAAGCGCGAAAAGCUGCAGCCAUAAUUUUAGAAAUGGUUAAGGAUAGAAAGAUUGCAGGCCGAGCUGUAUUGAUCGCUGGCCCACCGAGUACCGGAAAGACAGCAAUAGCGAUGGGAAUGUCACAAUCCUUAGGCCCCGAUGUUCCUUUUACAGCCUUAGCCUCAUCCGAAAUUUUCUCACUAGAAAUGUCAAAAACCGAGGCUCUUGAACAGGCUCUUCGUAAAUCGAUAGCUGUGCGGAUCAAAGAGGAAAGUGAAAUAAUCGAGGGCGAGGUCGUCGAGAUACAGAUAGAUAGAAGCGUAACUGGAGCAACAAAGCAAGGAAAAUUGACUAUAAAGACUACUGAUAUGGAAUCAAUCUACGAUAUGGGCAGUAAAAUGAUUGAUUCAAUGACAAAAGAACGAAUCAUGGCAGGAGAUAUAAUCUCCAUCGAUAAGGCUUCCGGAAAAAUAACAAAGCUAGGGCGCUCAUUUGCAAAAUCACGCGACUACGAUGCAAUGGGCGUUGAUACCAAGUUUGUUCAAUGUCCAGACGGAGAUCUACAAAAGAGGAAAGACAUGGUACACACUGUCAGCCUUCAUGAAAUCGAUGUGAUAAACUCAAGGACUCAAGGAUUUUUAGCCCUGUUCUCGGGAGAUACUGGUGAGAUUAGAAGCGAAAUUCGUGAUCAGAUAAAUAUCAAAGUGGCUGAAUGGAAAGAAGAAGGGAAGGCCGAAAUUGUGCCAGGGGUACUGUUUAUUGAUGAAGUUCACAUGCUUGAUAUUGAAUGCUUUUCCUACAUUAAUCGUGCGCUUGAAGAUGAGCUAGCCCCUAUCGUCAUUAUGGCAUCCAAUAGGGGGCAAACUAGAAUCCGCGGCACAAAUUACCGAAGUCCACACGGCCUUCCGGUCGAUUUUCUCGAUCGAGUGGUUAUCGUGAGCACACAUGCUUAUCAGAAGGAAGAGAUACAACAAAUUUUAUCUAUCCGCGCCCAAGAAGAAGAAGUCGAACUCACACCCGAUGCACUUUUGCUCUUGACCAAAAUCGGGCAGGAAACCGGCAUACGGUACGCUAGUAAUCUAAUUACGACCUCACAACUCAUUUCGGCUAAGCGAAAAGCAACCCAGGUUUCUAUAGAUGACGUUAAUCGUAGCUUCCAACUAUUCUUUGACUCUAGCCGAAGUGUCAAGUUUGUUAGUGAUUUUGAAACCCGACUUAUUAACGAUGGAGGCUCUGCAAAUUUAUCCACUACCAUUGGACUAGGCGACGCCAUGGAGAUUUCAUGA